AUGCAGCGCCUCCUGGUCGCUGCCUGCUGGACUCGUGUUUUCGGACAAGGCCCCAGUCAAAGGCAAGGCUGCGAGAGCCUUCCAGGUGAGCUUUGCAAUCGACAGGAUUCGUGCAAUCCCGAGAAUGGCGCGACAGACGUAGAGUUUCUGCAGCGCAAGUUGUCGCUGGCACCCCGCCGGCCCCACGUUCUCCUUUUCGUCGCGGACGAUGUGGGCUGGGCGGGCCUGGGCGUUCACCGAACUGCCAGAAACGCAGCUGAGGCUCAGGGCAAGGCUGAGACACAGACUCCCAACUUGGACGCCCUGGUCCGGGAAGGCGUGCUCCUGGAGAGGCACUACACCUCGUCAACAUCGGCGCCGUCGAGGUCCUCCUUGCUGAGCGGCCGUUUGCCUCACCGCUUCCCCCCGGUGCCUGAGGGCAUUUCGACACCCCAGAUGUUCUGGAACCCACAGGAUAACGUCUCUGGCUUCUACGGAAUCCCGAGAAACAUGACUGGCAUUGGUCGCAAGAUGAAGCAAGCCGGCUAUGCGACCCAUUUUAUCGGUAAGUGGGAUGUCGGCUUCGCCACACCGGAACAUUCCCCCCGAGGCCGAGGCUUUGACUCGUUCUUCGGCAAUCUGCAAUCCAUGAAUGACUAUUGGUCCAAGGACCAUGCAGGUGAGAAGUGGCUACUGGAUACUUGCCUGAACAAUUUUCAGGAUUUCUCCCUUCACAAUGCGACGUACCGUGGUGGUGUGGAAGGAGCGGUGGCUGCUGAACUGGGCUGCAGUGAACGCGUGAAAGGCAAGUCCUUCACAGAUAUUGGCUGCAACAAGGAUGAUCCCGAAGAGUGUUUGCCAGAGAGCUGCUUCCAAGAGUCCAUGUACCUGGAGUAUGCCAUGAAGCUCCUCAAAGAUCACGAGCCUUCAACGCCCUUGUUCCUGGUCUACUCGUCACACCUUGUGCACGUCCCUCUGCAAACAACACGCUCUGCGCUGCAACUGGAGGAUGCCGUCCAACAAAACCUUGUAAAGGCUGGUCUGGAAAGGAAGUUUGCUUGGACGAAGCGUCGAAGGGCGCUAGCUGCAAACCUGAUGUACUUGGACUCUGUGAUGGGAAGACUGGUUGAGGCUUUGAAAGAGCACCAGAUGUUUGAAGACACCCUGAUCAUCUUUAUUUCCGACAAUGGUGGCUCCGUCCACCUGAGAGGAGGUGGGAAUAACUAUCCGUUGAAAUCCGGAAAGGCUGCAGACUUUGAAGGAGGAGUGCGAACAAAUGCUUUCAUCUCGGGGGGCUUCGUCCCAGCCGAGCACCGAAACACAACCUUCCACGGCGUGAUCCACAUCGCGGACUGGUACUCCACUCUCUGCGACCUUGCAGGGGUCAGUCACUUCGAUGAGGCUGCUGCCGAGGCCAACAAAGUCCAAGGCCCCAAGGGUCUGCCACUCUUAGGAGAGGUAGAUGGCCGGCCACAGAUGCAGCACAUCUUUUCCGGCAGCAAUGGCCGCGCGGAUGCCUUGCACUUGAGCAAACACACAGUUCUCAAGUGGCCCUACAAGCUGGUCACGGGAGAGCAGGAAUUCAGCUUCUGGCCCGGCCCUGUCUUUCCAAACUGCAGCAGCGUCCACCCAGAGUUCCCCCGAGUGGACGUAUUUGGACACGGGGUCCGAAUCGAAUCUGAUGACUCUACCUACAGGGAGUAUGCCAUGGUAGAGGACUGUGGCACAGGUUGCCUGUACGAUGUUGCCGCCGACCCUAGUGAGCACUCAAACCUCGCCAAUCAAGCACA